CUGGGUAGAACAAGAACUGCUGAAAAUAAAAUAUGCCAGAGCCGUUUUCCAAGCUUUUCCCUACAGCCCUCUAAUCAGAUACAGAACACACAACACCUUAUUAUUAUAUCCCCAAACCCCGGAGAAGACCUUUCAUUCAUAACUAUGGGACUUAGCUUUAUACAUCUCAUAUCAUGCAGUUUUAUUCAUCACAUUUAUGGUGAAAUAAAACAUAUGGGAGUGAGCACUGGGCAACACCAUAACGAUAACAGUACAAGUGGCCACUUUUACGCACGUCUGUUCUUGUCCCAAAUAACGAAACACAGCCGUGAGAAACCCGAGACGGUAACUACUGAAAGGUCCAAUCACGGAAUUCCCACAGACCCCUAAGCACUUCAGCAGACCACCACACAGACCCAGGAAAAGUUAACAGCAGGGGAAAACGCAGACGGAUAUGUGGGAAUUUAUCUUAUCAUGGUUACAUUUUGCACAAAUGGAGAGGCGUUGUUGAACUUGCUUUGUUUGAACAUUAUUUUUAUGACAGCCGCGCAAUACGAAAACUAUCAUUUCAGAAAUUUCCCCAAAGAGGAGCUCAUGCCCCUCACCACUGCCUAUGGAUCGGCUUUGGAUCAUUACGCAGCAGAGAAGUGGACGGAGUCGAUCAAAUAUUUGGAGCUGAGUUUGCGUUUGCACCGGCUUCUUAAAGACAGCGUGAGAUACUGCACGCUGCACUGUAAUAGUAGCAAACACGAAGAACCGUCAUACACAAGAAACCGGGAUCUCCGCGUCUACUGGCACGUUAUGAUGAGAGCGUCCUGUCAGAAGAAGUGCAGGGCGCAUUUCCCUGCGCUGCAACUCCCUCCGCCCGGCAAAGAGAUCCUGGAGGACUUCAGCAGAAGAUCUCCCUACAGAUACCUGCACUUUGCACACUCCAAGCUGAAUGACCUGCAGAGGGCUGUCCCAUGUGCCUAUACCUACCUCCAGAAGAACCCUGAGGACCAGGAGAUGCGCCAACUCAUGGAGGAGUACAAGAGCCAAUACGACCUGAGUGGCUACCUCACCGACCACGAAGAAAGACCAUAUGAGGCUCCCUUCCUGAGAGGAGUGAAACUCAUCAAUUCAGGUGACUACAGCAGCAGUGUUGAACACAUGGAGGAAGCUCUCAGGCUCUACCUCCAUGAGCAUGACCUCUGUCAGGCCGACUGUGAAGGGAUCACUCCACGUUCACCAGACAGUGACUUCUAUGCGUUCAUUGUAGAUGUCUACAUUGACAUAUUAAAGUGCAAACUGAAGUGUGAGGAAAACUUGCAGCCUAAUGUUGGUGGUUAUUUUGUGGAAAGAUUUGUGGCCACUAUUUACCACUACCUCCAGUACGCCUAUUAUAGGAUGAACGAGGGCUGCAGUGCGGUGCCCUGUGCACAUAGCUACUUCCUGUUUGAACCUGAAGACCAGGUCAUGAAGCAGAAUCUGCUGUAUUAUGAAGCCUACCGUGAACAGUGGGGCCUUCAGCCUGACCACUUCACACCCAGGAUGGAAGCUCUCAAACACUUCAACCAGACUGUCACUCAAAAGCAGAUGCUGACAUUUGCAGAGAGGUACUUAGAGUUGGAUGAUGAGGAUUUUCUAGGACCAGAGGAAGCUGCACUUUUGGCCUCAGAGUCUCCCGAUGUUGAGUUUGAAGGGAUGGGAGACUACGAAGAGUCAAUCUACGCUGACUGGAGGCAGCCAAAGGGCAAAGGAGACUCUGGGGAGUCAAAUAUCUGAAGAGAGCUGAAAGUGAGGAUUUAUAUAACAGAUCUGAAUGUGUCUGUAAUGUCUGUUGUAUGUCUACGUCUGUCCUGACAGUUUUGA